AAUAAACGCGACGCUGAAACGGUUCUUAUGAAUAUUGAUAAAGGAAGAAAAAAAUAAUUAAAUUUCUGUGUACACAUACAAAAAUCUCUUUUUGCUGUGCAGCAGCUGUGGCGGAUGGUUUAAGUGGAAUUAUUACAUAUUUUGAAUAGUGAAUAGUGGUGCAUUGUGUAAGAUGGGCUCCACCGCGGCUCGUUGAUUUCGAUGGGGAUAUGUCGCUAUGCGGCAAACCCAAUGUACAUUAGGCAUACGAAUUCCUAGUGUAAUCAAGUGAAGAAAAGUGAUUGUCAUAAGUGAUAAAGGGGUGGAAGAGGUAAAGGAAAGCGAAAGAAGGGGAAGGUGAAGAGGAAUAAAAGUCAUAAAAAUAAUAUAUAUAUAUAUAUUUGUCAAAUUACUCGCAAUAAAAUGCAUUUAAUAUAAUUCAAUUAUACAAAAACAAAAAUUGCAUAAUUUCCCUGACAAAAAUGUUACAGCAACUUUAAUCGAAUCAAAAGAAAAGUUACCUGAUUUCGUUGACGUCAAUUUAUAUUGAGAGCCGCUCAAAUCCAACCCUUUAACCAAAAUAAUGUGUCGUCAUCAUCGUGAGUGUUCAACAAAUCAGCGAUAGCAUGACUCGUGACGGAGAGAUACCCGCCAUUUUCAACCCAAAACGAGUGCGUACACCAUCCGUUGUUGUGACUGGCGAAUCUCCGAAUGGUCCGUAUGGCGGCUUUAGUAAUGCGCUCAACACCAGCAAUCCACAAAUCGCCCACCAAGACUCAAUUUCUUCGAGUCAACAGGACCCGAGUGAAGUCAUAACAAUACACCCGGAUGUACGCGAUGCGUCGACGCCGAUUGGUACGCACCCAGGCUUGCGGCGUGGACUCAGUGCCGUUGGUGGGAGUUUUGUGAGUAGUUGUGGUGUAAGUGGCGUUACUGGUAUUGGAGGUGGUUCAAAUGAACCAGAUACGCCGCCCGGCUUGGAGGCGGGACCAGAUGGCACAGAAGUGCGUUUCCGACGACUGAAAGCUUGUAGAGAGACAUGUUGUUCCGAAUUGGCGCGAAAGAUGUACUUUGGAGUUUGCGUCACCAUACUCGUCACCGCGUCAUGGGUUGGCGCAACGCAUUGCAUCAAAUUUCUCUACUUGAAUCGCAGCCCCUACGCCAGUAUUACUGCAGACGACAUCGACAGCACAUCAAAUCGCGCCAUCGAAUUAGAUUUGGUCACCAAUAUGGAUGAUGAUGACCCAAAAAAUAUUCUGGGUAUCAGUGAUAAUUCCUUAAGCGUCACUGAGGUGGAGGAGGCUACAAAAUUUUUCCAAGUCGCACCACCAACUUUACCGGAGACGACAGUAUUUCGCGCACCCUUCUUCGCCGCCUGGUUCUUCACCAACUUUUCAUUCCUAUUCUUCCCCAUUUAUGUGCUAGGUCGCGUAUCGUUGCGAAAAUGCGACAAGCCAGGCGAGAUCUUGGGUGACGUAUUGCGCGGAUUUCGCGAUCGUGGUUUCACAAUCGGUCGUUUCCUCAAUCGCUGUCUCUCCUUCUGCAUACUUUGGCUGGUGACCACUUACCUAUAUACCAUGUCUCUACGCGUGCUCUUCGCCACAGAUGCCAUGGCGCUAUUUGCGACCAAUGUUGCUUGUGUUUACCUGCUGUCAUGGGUCAUUCUACAUGAACAAUUUGUGGGCGUGCGGAUUGUUGCGGUCAUUCUAUGCGACACCGGCAUCGCGCUGCUAGCCUACAUGGACGGCAUUACGGAAAGUCGCACGCUGAGUGGUGUUGUGCUAGCUACGUUGGGCGCCGCCGGUUAUGCAGUAUUCAGGGUUAUGUUCCGCAAGGUGAUGGGCGAUCCACCGAUUGGCCAGAUUGCUUUUGCAUUCACCACACUCGGAUUUCUCAAUGCGCUACUGCUGUGGCCAGUUUGUGUGGGGCUGUAUUUGGCUGGCUAUGAGAGUAUGCCGCCAGAUCGCAUGCCAUGGAUUAUUUUAUUAAUUGCCAGUAUUUUGUUAUUGGUUUUCCACAUACUAAUGCAAUUCAGCGCAGCUGUCACUUAUAAUAUGUUUGUCACGCUGGGUUUAAUUACAGCAGUUCCAGUUUCAGGAGCUUUAGACGUUGUGCUCUAUGGCGCCACAUUUGCGGGCAUGAAAUUGGCCGGCGUCAUAUUAAUAGCCGUUGGCUUUUUCCUAGUUAUGUUCCCCGAAAACUGGCCAGACUACAUAACACGCUUGCUAAGAAAUAUCAUCUUGUUGGGUCACAACGCGAGAUACCAACAAAUACACGCGUACGAUUGCAAAUUAAGUCAAAAAUACUAUGCGGUGAAUCUAAAUGCUUUUGCCGAUUAAAAUUUUUGCAAAUGUUCCCAAAGAAAAAAAAACAAAAACAAAAAAAAGAAUUCUAUAAUUAUGAAACAUUAAAUUCUAUUUAUUGACAACCACUCACAACACGAUCUUACAACACCACGUUAUUCGAUAACAACUCGAGAUAUGCUUUAAACGCGCUUUAUUCAUGCCAAGUAUGUACUUACCACCGCCACUCUGGUUGCACGUCUCUCGAAUUGGUCGCUUCUUCUCUAUACUUUCACUCACUUAUCGUUUGUUUGUAAAUAAAUAGAA